AUGUUCCUCGAAAGGAAGAAGCACAAAUCUCUCUACAAACGUUUCGUCAAGAAUAUCGUGCAGUACUAUGAUGAUUAUAAACAGGAUCACAAAACACUCGAGCAAAAAGAUGAAGCGAUGUUGGCCGUGCAAAAGGAAAUGGAAUUUGUUUUCCCGUUGAAUUCGGCACGCAUCUUUCCAAUUGGGCCAACAGCUGACGGAUGUGGAGCGAAAACGUCGGGAUUAGAUGCGAUAAUCGUUUUGAAUGAGAAAUUCCCGGACGAAUGGGAUGAU